CCCAGAUACAGUGCUGCCAAAUUUACUUCCAAUGUACGCCAGAAAAUCUAAGCAUCCAAGCAGUGAGCUAACAUUAAUGACUGUUGGUUUACGAAAGUGUCCCAGACAUAGACCAGAAUUGAAUAUAUUAGCGUUUCAGCCGUGGACCAGCUUAGACAUUAGGCAAAAAGUGGAUGCAGCUUUAGAUGAGUUUUUAACAAUAGUUCUGAAAGAUCAUGUUUAUUCAUGGUGGAGGGAUCUCAGUGAAGAUGAGGAAUUUGUUGAUGAACUCAGGAUUAAUUUUCGUUUCUUGGCAUCUGUGUUGUUUAGACGAAUGAAAAAGGUAGACAUUCCUCAUCUAGUGACCCACAAAAUUUUGCAUGCAGGCGUGCAACAUAUAGACUUAUGCAUACAGGCUUUUGAGAAAGCUGGGUAUGAAGGAGAUUUGCAACAGAUUGUCCUUGACUAUAUGGGCUCUAACAUUCAUUGUGCUAUGUGGAGCAGGAAGGCAGAGCUGGAAUAUCUCCGCAGGCUUGUUGAGUCUCUGUUUCCUUGUAUACUACCACCACAGGCUCUUAAUUCAAACCUGAUAGAUAGGGACCAGGUUACAUUUCUUCACAUGAGUACUUGUGCCUUGGUGAGAGAAUUAUUAGCAGGUUCUGUACUUCUACCCACCAUGGAUGCAAUAGCUAAUCCAGAUCUCUUAAAUAAUUUACUCCUGAUAUUCUUUGACAACACCCCACCGCCAGAAGCCACAGAGGCUCCAUCCCCGUUGGUGCCAUUUUUAGGUCAAUUUAGCCAGCCCAGGGCUCAUAACCAGUCCUGUCUGCAUUUAAAGCUGAAAGAUGUGAUCAACCCUGCCUGUCAAGAACUCCUGUACCCUUUCAUGCAGUUCCUCAAAAGUGAAGCUGCUGUCAACGUCUUGCAGUUUUGUUUAGCCUGUGAUGAUUUUAACCGACGCAUCCUGAAUCCAGAUGUUUCACAAAGUGAAUGCGUUGAACUCCAUGCCAUUCUCAAGAACCUGUACCAGAGCUAUUGUGCCCCAACAGCGACAGAUAGGAUCAAAUUUGAUGAUGAUAUUGUGGAAGCACUAAGAGAAGUUGUUGAGGGACCUCCAGAGCAAAUAGUUAGGCUCAGGACUUCAACACCGUUAUUUAG